GCUGGCUGGGGCUGUUAAGCUACAGCGGCGUUCCUUCCAACUGCCCGACUCUAGGUGUCUCCAGGUAGACCGGCUGCUCCCCGCGGGGAAGGGACGACUGGCCGGGCCAGAGGACUCGGGGCGGGGGCGAGGGCCCGGCCAAGGCGGUCGAGAGGGAAAAGACAUCGCAGACGGGACGCCCCCUGAGGGAAGCGAGCGCGCGUGGAAAGUCCGCGCGGUCCAGAAAAUGAGCUGCUCCCCAUACUGCCGGGUCCAGAAGUGAGGGUGGGAGGAACACCUUGCCAACACGACUUGUGGCUUAAAAGGCCUCAGUCCUCCCCACCGAGAAUGUGACCGUGCCUGCCUGCAGACCUGCCCCGCGCGGCUGGGCUUGCAAGUGUCUGCUUUUGCUUCUUCGGACGCAGACGUGGAAGAUACCCAGGAAGCGCCCGUUAGAUAAUUCCUACCUACCUAAUAAAAGAAACUUCAAGCCAGAUAUUGGAAGAAAUGUGGGAAGAUUCAGAAAAGGAAGACUAUUCGGACAGAACAAUCAGUGAUGAUGAAUCCGAUGAGGAUAACUUCAUGAAAUUUGUAAGCGAAGAUAUCCACCGGUGUGCACUUUUAACAGCUGACUCUAUUAGUGACCCAUUUUUCCCCCGAACUACCCAGAUACUGUUGGAAUAUCAACUAGGGAGAUGGGUGCCACGUCUUCGUGAACCACGAGAUUUAUAUGGUGUCUCUUCUUCUGGUCCGCUGAGCCCAACACGGUGGCCGUACCACUGUGAGGUCAUUGAUGAAAAGGUCCAGCAUAUUGAUUGGACUCCUUCCCAUCCUGAGCCAGUGUACAUCCCAACAGGCCUAGAGAUGGAACCCCUUUAUCCAAACUCCAAGGAAGAUACUGUAGUUUAUCUAGCUGAAGAUGCUUACAAGGAGCCCUGUUUUGUGUAUUCCCGAGUAGGGGGCAACCGAACACCCCUGAAGCAACCUGUGGAUAACUAUGACAAUACUUUGACGUUUGAAGCAAGGUUUGAGAGUGGAAAUCUACAGAAGGUAGUCAAAGUGGCAGAAUAUGAAUACCAGUUGACUGUGCGCCCUGACCUCUUCACAAAUAAACACACCCAGUGGUACUAUUUCCAAGUCACUAAUACCCAAGCAGGAAUAGUCUACAGAUUCACUAUAAUCAAUUUCACUAAGCCUGCUAGCCUUUACAAUCGGGGUAUGCGCCCACUGUUUUAUUCUGAAAAGGAAGCCAAGACUCAUAAUAUUGGCUGGCAGAGAAUAGGAGACCAAAUCAAGUAUUACAGGAACAACCAGGGACAAGAGGGGCACCAUUAUUUCUCUCUUACAUGGACAUUUCAAUUUCCACACAACAAAGAUACCUGCUACUUUGCUCACUGCUAUCCAUAUACUUACACCAACCUGCAAGAAUACCUUUCUACUAUCAAUCAUGACUCAGUACGGUCAAAGUUUUGUAAAAUACGCGUCUUGUGCCACACAAUUGCUAGGAACAUGGUGUAUGUUUUAACGAUCACUACUCCCUUGAAGAACACUGACUCAAGAAAGCGAAAGGCUGUGAUUUUGACUGCGAGGGUACAUCCAGGAGAAACCAACAGCUCUUGGAUCAUGAAAGGCUUCCUAGAUUAUAUUUUAGGAGACUCGAGUGAUGCGCAAUUGCUUCGGGACACUUUCAUCUUCAAGGUGGUACCCAUGCUGAAUCCAGAUGGUGUGAUUGUGGGAAAUUACCGUUGUUCCUUAGCUGGACGAGAUUUAAACCGUAACUAUACAUCUCUCCUGAAGGAAUCAUUUCCUUCUGUUUGGUAUACCCGGAACAUGAUCCAUAGAUUAAUGGAGAAACGAGAGGUUAUUUUAUAUUGUGACCUUCAUGGCCAUAGUAGAAAAGAGAACAUCUUCAUGUAUGGCUGUGAUGGUAGUGACAGAUGUAAAGCAUUAUACUUACAGCAACGAAUCUUUCCACUUAUGCUGAGCAAAAAUUGUCCAGAUAAAUUUUCAUUCUCAGCUUGCAAGUUUAAUGUUCAGAAGAGCAAGGAGGGAACAGGAAGGGUGGUGAUGUGGAAAAUGGGAAUCAGGAACAGUUUUACCAUGGAGGCUACUUUUUGUGGAUCUACCCUGGGUAAUAAGCGGGGCACUCAUUUCAACACAAAAGACUUGGAGUCAAUGGGAUAUCAUUUUUGUGAUUCUCUCUUGGACUACUGUGAUCCAGACCGAACCAAGUAUUAUCAGUGCCUGAAAGAAUUAGAAGAAAUGGAAAAGCACAUAAACUUGGAAAAAAUCCUUGAGGAUUCAGAUACUUCUCUGAAAGAAGUGCCACUAGAUCUAGAGUCUAGUAGCCGAGGCUCCGACAGUUCAGAAUCCAAUGAGUCUCAGACUUACCUUCUCAAGUUAACUUCUCAGAUAAAAAACAAGAAAAAACACCUGAAAACAAAGAAGGAAAGAAAUUCUAUCAUAGCAAGUCAUCAAAACAUCGGAGAAGAGCAAGAGGCAUGUGAUAAAGGACAUUUAGUGCAAAGACAGAGAGAAUCAAAUUCUGAUGUGAAAGAUAUAAAGCCAAAUGUAUCAGAUGUUUGUAUAUUUGAUUAUUUCAGAAGCCCAUUUCCUAAUCAAGGUUUGGUGAAAAUACCUGGACAAGCUCCUGGUUGGCUUCGAAAAAGAUAUUUGAGCUCCCAAAACAGGUUUCAGAGGCUCAGUAAAGACCAACAAAGACGGUUGUUAGAAACCGGUGAGAAGCCAAUCCACGAAAUAAUUCAGCCCAAGAACACUGAUCUGUAUGGAAACUGUUUCAAAGUGACAUCCUUCAAGUGUCCUAUGAGCACAGAGACUCCCAGUUGGACUGAGAAGACAAGGAUACCAACAGAAGAUCAGCAUCACAACUUUAAAAGCAAAAUGAAAGAAUGUACUUCUUUCCAGAGCAAGACGACUGGCAUAAAUUGGACAGAUGAUGAGAAAAGAAUCUACAGGGAUAAACGAAUAGCUCAAACUCAAGAAAUAUUGCACUAUUUGCUCCCCAUCAUGGAAAGCACUAAAAACGUGCAAACCCCUCCGAUGAAACAAAUACUCAACCCAAGAACCAACUUCCAAGUCCAGCAUCAGUAA